AUGCUUCUUUUUGGUACAGGGAGUUCAGUUACGAUGAAACUUCAAUUAGAUGUAGAAUGUGUUGGAUAUAAUGGAGUUCCUCACACAUUUGACAAACCUAUUUUCCAAUCAAUUGUUAUGUUCUUUGCAAUGUCAUUGUGUUUUUUCAUUGAAAAAUUGAUUGAAUUAUAUAAAAGAAGAUCCAACAAAGAAGCUGCUUAUAGUCAAUUAGAAGAUGGAGAAAAAGUUGCUGAAAAACAAGCUUCUGUAUUCCUUAUUCUUAUUCCAACAACCUUUGACUUGAUUGCAUCAACUCUUAUGACAUUUGGUUUAAUUUAUACUCCAGCUAGUGUAUUCCAAAUGCUUAGAGGAUCAAUGAUCAUUUUUUCAUCAUUCCUUUCAAGAAUUUUUAUUGGAAAGAAAGUACGAUAUGGACAAUUGAUAGGUAUUGUUAUUAGUGUAGUUGCUCUUGUGUUAGUUGGAGUAGCUGCAAUUGGUACACCAUCAACUGGAUUAAACGAAACAACUGGAUUCCAAACAGCAAUGGGUAUUCUUAUGAUUUUAAUUGCCCAAUUUAUUCAAGCUGGACAAAUUGUUGCUGAAGAAUUUUUCAUGAAGAAUUUAACCCUUCCACCAUUAAAAAUUGUUGCCUUUGAAGGUAUUUUUGGUCUUAUAGAAACUGUUUUUAUUGCUUGUCCAUUUGGAUAUUUCGUGCCAGGUAGUGAUUACAGUACAAUGCAACACAAUUCAUUUGAAAACACAUAUGAUUCUUUUGUUUGUUUAUUUAAUAGCUCAUCAAUUAUUAUCAUAACUAUUAUCUUUGCUAUUGCUGUUCUUGGACUUAAUGCUUAUGGUAUGAUGGUCACUGAUGCUUUCAAUGCUGUUAACAGAACUCUCUUUGAGAGUGCAAGAACUGCCUGUGUUUGGCUUGUAAUGAUUAUUAUUGAGUUUUGUUGGGCUGGACAUGGUGAGAAACUUUCAUGGUGGUCAUUAUUAGAACUUGCUGGAUUUGUGAUUUUAUUCUUUGCUACAUUGGUUUAUAAUAGAGUGGUUAAAUUCCCAUUCAUUGAACCAUUAGACCAGAAAAUCGAUGAAGAAGAAAAUGCUAAACUUGUGAAAGAAAAUUGA